AGUUGUGCAUAAAAAUAACUAUAGUGAUAAAUUAAAUAAAAAUUGCAAAAUAAAUUAAUAGAAACGAGGCAUGAAAAAUAAAUUUUUUUCAUUAAAGUUAAUGAUAUUCAUCUCGUUGAUCUUGGACAGCAUGAUCCAAUCAGCGGUAAUAAAUAGCGAUAAUCAUCAUAGAAUAGUCGGAAGAAUUACUUUAUCAGAUGCAGUAAAAGCAUCUAAGACAUUUAUUUGUAAAAAACCACAAUUUCGGGCGUAUAGUUUGAAAGAUUUGAUGCAAAAUGUUCAUCAGAAUCCUGGAGAAAGUCCUAUUCAACCUGUUUACAUAGUUCUAAAGAGAUGUGACGGACAUUCUGGAUGUUGUGCGAGUCCAUUAAUGAGCUGUUCACCUGUAGAAUCGGCGAUCUAUUACGAAGAGAUUGAAAUCGAAGUUUGGAGCUUGGAAACUAAUAAUAACAGAAGACAAUGGAUUAGAGUGGAACAACAUGAUAAAUGUUCCUGUGAAAUUACCACGAUCAAUGAUCGUUUUCAACUUGAACAUUUACAGCCUAAUGUAACUCUAAUUUGAUAUUAACUGAUUAGAGCAGCUAAAGCAAAACAAAAACUGAGUGUUUUUUGCAUAACAAAUUAUAAAUGUAAUUGACAGUAUUGAUUUAUAAGAAACAUAAGACUGCUAAUGAAUUAAAAUAAUUAAAAAUA